AUGGCGUUGAGCUACUACAAUUCCAACUCCAACUCCAACUGGGACUCCUUUGCGCCGGCGGAAUUAGGCAUUGCUGAGCAGCUCUUCAACCCCGACGACUUCUUGGUGGACCCCAUCGACGCCUUCUGCAACUCUCUCCUCUCCGACGACUUACCUUUCGCCGAUGAUGGAAUUCCCUUCGAUUUCGAUCAUCUCAACUCCAACAACUACUUCCAAGAAUAUACCAAUGAGCCCUUUCCCCAUUUCCCCAAACGCCAAAAGCUCUGCGAUUCUCAACCAUUCUACCAACAUUACUCCAUCCCGGAAUUUGUGCUUCCUCCGCCGCCGCCGCCGCCGUUGCCAGCAUUUCCGGCGGCGGGCUUCACCAUGGGGAGCUGCGAGGGCGUGAGGGUGAAAGAGGAGAGCUUGUCCGCGCAGAGCGUCGCGGCGAGGCAGAGGCGGAGGAGGAUCACGGCGAAGACGCAGGAGCUCGGGAAGCUGGUCCCCGGCGGCCAGAAGAUGAACACGGCGGAGAUGCUUCAAUCCGCCUACAAAUACAUCAAAUUCUUGCAGGCCCAAGUUGGACUACUUGAAUUCCUCAAGGUCAACGAAGAAGAAGAAGCAUCAGUUGAAGGUGAAGAAGAAGUGUUCCAGAAUCUUCUAGAAUCUCCGUUGAUUCAAGAGAAGCUCUACUCCACUGAGCAUUGCUUGAUUCCACAGAAGCUGUUGGAAAAGCAUCCAAUCGACAUUUGAUGGAAAAGGGAUCAUUGAUUUUAGCAAGCGGUUAUGAUUAACCGUUUUUCAUUUCUAAUUGUUUUAGAUUAGGCUAAUCUUGAUUAAUGCUGUUUUUGUUUUAAGGCAACAUCUUCUUGCCUUCUGUUGAUUAAUUGCUUACAAAUUAGGAUGUUAGGCUAAUUAGGCUCUUUACUU